AUGGCCGCGGCGGCGGCGGCGGAGGAGGUGUCGACGGCGGCGAGGACUAGUAGCAGCCUGGCGGCGGAGGAGGGGGAGCGGCGGGGCGAGAGCGAGAGCGAGGGGGAGGAGCUGGGGGUGGCGGCUGUGCUGGACUUCGACAUGCUGUGCGCGUCCGUCGCGCUGUCGGCGGAGAGGAGGAAGGCCGCCGCGGCGCCGGCGGGUGCGGCCGGCGACUGCAGCGGCGGCGGAGGCGGAGGGGUGCAGAGGAUGUGGGAGGGCGACGUCGUGCUGGAUUGCCUGGAGGACCGGCGAAUCGCGCUCGAGGCGUCCUGCUGCCCAUGCUAUCGGUUUGGUAAGAACAUGCGGAGAGCCAAUCUCGGAUCUUGCUUCCUUCAGGGAAUGGUUUACUGCAUUCUGUUAGCUGCUGUCCUGAUCAGCCUAAUUGCCUUUUCUGUAACAAGGCAUCAUAUAUAUUUAUAUGUGGGACUUGGCUCUGUCCUCUUGAUAGCGAUCUAUACUGGUUAUUUCCGGAGAAGAAUAAGGAAGCAAUUCAACAUUCGGGGUACUGAGAGCAAUCUUGACGAUUGUGUUCUCCAUCUCAUAUGUCCUUGCUGCACGCUGUGCCAGGAGGCUAGAACUUUGGAGAUGAACAAUGUCCAGUGUGGUGUCUGGCAUGGACGAGGUGAUACCAUUUGCUUAGGGAGCAACGGUGAAGGAAACAAGGCUUUCGCUGCCCUGAACAAGGCCUCUCUUGUGCCCAUAAAGUCCCCAGGGUUGUGUGGCAUGGAUAGAACGUCAAAUGCUGCUGACGAGCAUGAGCCACUUGUUCCACCAGACCAACUGGAGCAUGUUUAA